AUGUUGCAGUGCAUAUCCCAAGAUAUUGUUAAUGCAAUCGAUGCAGUAUCGAAUACAAAAGAGAUCAUCCAAAAAUUCCGAGAAAACGGUUGGAGUGGGUUACUAGAAAAGGUGAAGAGGUUUUGUGAGCAGCGAGAUAUUGAAAUUCCUGACAUGAAUGGUGUGCGUCGAUCAAGUAGAGGUCGUGCUCCGAACAAUCCUGUCACGUGGGAGCACCAUUAUCGAGUCGACAUCUUCUAUGGAACAAUAGAUUGCAUAUUGCAAGAAUUGGGAUUUAGAUUCAAUGAAGAUGCAAUUGAGUUGUUAAAGUUGAGUUCAUCUUUGGAUCCACGACGUGGGUAUGAAUUGUUUAGUAUUGAUGAUAUUUGCAAGCUAGUUGAGAAGUACUAUCCGGCUGAUUUUUCAAGUCAAGAUAAGCUGCAUCUUAAGUAUCAACUCGAACUUUAUGAGCUUGACAUUCGAAAAAGUGCACAUUUUCAACAUGUUGAGACACUUCCUGAAUUAUGUCAACUAUUAUCAAAGACAGGUAAGUCAGCCAUUUACUAUCUUGUUGACAGGUUGAUUAGACUUAUUUUGACUCUUCCGGUUUCAACGGCAACAUCAGAACGUGCAUUCUCCGCCAUGAAAAUUGUGAAGACAAGGUUGCGGAAUAAAAUGGAAGAUGACUUCUUGUCUAGUUCUCUGAUAAUGUUUAUCGAGAGAGAAAUUGCUCAGAGCUUUGAUGUUGACUCAAUUAUAGAUGAGUUUGAUCUCAUGAAAACUCGUAGAUCGCAACUUAAAAUUGGUUGCAAGUGA